ACAGGUAGAGAUGAGAAGAGAGAAGAGAGAAUGAGACAAGACUGCUGUAGAGCAUUGAAACGAACUACGAAAGAUAUUUCUUCAUAAAGGCUCAACUUCCAGACAAAGAUUGGGGAAAACAAGGCUCCACGAAGCAUUGGAACGGGUGUCUCGUGUACGACAAGCACGAGUUGAAAUGAAACCCAUGACGAGGAACAGAAUUGUAUUGAUCAGGUGGUUUUGCAUCGUAAUGAUGUUUGCAAUGGCAUGUGACUGCUAUGGAUUCCUUAAUUUGAUUCCAACGAAGAACCUUGUUGCUGUGAACCGUUUUGGUUCUCUGCGCAUUCAGCGGAAAUGCGAUACAAGAACUUCAAACAAGAGAAUAUCAUUGAUCACAAUGUCUUUCAAUCCUCUUCAAGCUUAUCUUUCCAGUCUUGAACUUCAUCCCCUCCGAACAAAAGUUCUUACCGCCGGCGCUCUGGCCAUGAUGGGUGAUUUUCUUGCUCAGCAAAUUUCUGCAAGGAGAAUUGUCAAAGCCAAAGAAGUUCUUGAGCGGGAAGGCAAAGAGCGACCUGAUAGGCAUGGGAAAUCCGGUGUCAUAGAUGUCAGCAAAUGGGAUCGUAAGCGAACGAUGACUUUUGCCUUGUUCGGGUGCUUGUACACAGGCUUCUUUCAGCAUAACUGGUUUCGUCUUCUGAGUGAGCUUGGGAACACGCUGCCGUAUGGGAGCUCAAUAUGGGUGGCUGUCACGAAGCUGGCCCUCAACCAGUUCUGCAUGAUUCCAGCGGUGUACUUUCCGGUCUUCUAUCUCGUGCGAGGAAAGAUGUUGCGAGGAGAUUCGCUCAAGCAGGUCGUUCAUUCGGCGAGAAAGGAAUACUGGAGAAACCUGCGGCUUAACUGGACCCUGUGGGUCCCGGUGCAGUUCAUCAUGUUUACGAUGAUCGACGAGAAGUAUCAGGUUCCCUUCUGCUGCAUGGUCGCUCUUCUGUGGAACACGAUCUUGUCUUUCGUAAGCAUGCACAGAGCUGCAAAGGAGACGAUGGCAGAGAAGGUGGAAGGGGAGGAGCUGAUGAAACCGAUUCUCAACCCCAACCUCGUCUUCCUCAAGCCCUCCCACGUCAGCGAGACCUAUAGCCCCAACCCCUUGAUCCCCAUCAAACCGGCUGCCAAGACUCCCUACCUUUCCCAUACUUCGUUUGGCAGCAGACAGCGCGAGAGCGCAUAG